AUGGCCAGUAGCACUUUUGCGAGCUUUAGCAGUAAGAGGAUGGUGGCGUUGAUAAUUGCAGCGGCUGUUGCUGCGGCAGUUUAUGUUCCCGCAAAGGCUUGGGCGAAACAGUACGUAGUGGGGGACGAAAGAGGCUGGACCAACAACUUUGAUUACGCUACUUGGGCAGAGGGCAAGACCUUCUUUGUUGGUGACUCACUAGUUUUCAACUAUCCAGCGGGAAAGCACAACGUGUUCAAGGUAAAUGGCACAGAUUUCCAGGACUGCGCCAAGCCCCUGGCCGCUGCUCCGCCACUUACGUCGGGGAGCGACGAGAUCCCGCUCAAAACCGCGGGGAAGAAAUGGUACAUCUGCGGAGUCUCCGGCCACUGCGCCUCCGGUCAGAAGCUGGUCAUCACCGUCUCCGAGGGAUCUGCCCCGCCGGCGGGAUAUUCCUCCUCCGGGGUCGCGAUGGUCAACAUUGGAUUUGCUGCCCUUGUUCUUGUUGGCACUCUUGGGAUGCUCUUCUUCUGA